AUGGCGGCCUUGAGCGGCGGCUGCUCGCCGUGGCGGCGGGCCUGGCUGCCCGCCCUGCAGCUCGUCCGCCGCGGUUCCAAGGCGGUCACCCGGCACUGGAAGGCAAUGCACUUCCAGCGGCAGAAGCUGAUGGCUCUCACCGAGUACGUGGCCCCGCGGCCGGCUGUCCCCCCGCGCUGCUUCACCCCCAGGGAGGAACCGGUCGAGAAGGAGGACGGCUACAGGCGGCUGCUGCAGCAGCAGGUGCAGGAGGUGUUCCGGGAUAACCGGAUGGUCGCCGUCUGCCAGUUCAACUCCAUGCCCGAGGAGGACGUGGUGCUGCUGAGGCACUACCUGCGCAAGCACAACAUCCAGGUCAAGUUUGUCCUCAAUGAGAUUGUCAGGCCGGUGCUGUCCCAGUCCAAGUACAAGAAUCUCCUCCCUCUCUUCGUGGCUCGCAAUAUCCUGCUGGUCAGCCCAGAGACCAAGGCCAAGGAGAUGCUGAGGGUGCUGAAGGGAGUGCCACAGGUCAACCUCCUGGGUGCCUGCAUCGAUGACACCAUCCUGAGCAGGCAGGGGGUGGAGAACUUCGCCAAGCUGCCCUCACUGGAGGCCACCCAGGGCCAGACUGUUGGGGCUUUGGCCCUGCUGCCUUCCCAGACCUCCUCCCUGCUCCAGCGUGGCCCUGCACACCUCACAGCCCUCCUGGAUCAGCACCUCCGCCGGCUGCGGGAGGGGGCUGGGGACAGGGGGAGCCCAGCCAAGCCAACUCCCCCCCAGACCUCAGGGGGUCACUGAUGUUGGCCCCCCCAGGCCCUGUGUGUUGGCCUAGAGUCUGCUCCUUCCCUGCCUGCAGUCGAGGGGCAGGGGGGGGGUCAGGGAUAGAAGGUUUGGCCCCAGGUGGGCAGCCAGUGGUGGGACUGGGGGUGCUGAGGUGGCACCAGCCCUUCUGGGGUGCCCUCUGCUCCCCACAGCUGGCAAAGUCCAGCUGUGUUUUGAGGGUUGCUGGCAGCAACUGGAGGAGGAAGAAG